AUGAGACUCCUUACAAAUAUCUAUGCCUUUGCUUGUGUCUUUAUAUUCAUGUUAUGGGAUAAUAUCCAGCCAACUGUGGAAAAUGAAUUUAUUGCGAAUUAUUCAAGCAGUUUGCUAACUAAUGUUCCCAAAAACAUCCCAGUCCAUACACAUGUAUUAGACUUAUCAUAUAAUAGGAUCUCUGGACUUAGUGUCUCAGAAUUUAUUUAUCUUUCCGACCUUCAAGUAUUAAAUCUUUCUCAUAAUCUAAUUACAGAGUUUGACUUUAAUGUCUUAACUUUUAAUGAAGAUUUAGAAUACUUAGAUUUAUCUCAUAAUAACAUUUUGAAAGUUUAUUGUCAGACUCUUGUAUAUCUUAGACAUUUAGAUCUUUCUUUCAAUAAGUUUACUGUGCUGCCCAUCUGUCAGGAAUUCGGGAACAUGUUCCAUUUGAAGUAUCUAGGAUUAAGUGCCACAGUGAUACAAAAGUCAGACUUCAGGUAUAUCAUACAUUUGCAGCUGUACACUGUCCUCCUAACCUUAGAAAACUUUUCUCUCUAUGAGCCUCAGAGUCUGACAACCUUGAACACAAGGAGCCUCCACAUUGUUUUUGCAGCAAACCAAAACUUCAGUUUUGCCCUCUUGUAUGAUGGAAUGAGCACUGCGGAAGACUUAAAAAUAGUUAACUUGAGAUAUAACUUGAGCUACAAAGAUUUCCCUUCUCCUCCUUUAAUGCUUCUGAAGAAAAUCAAGACAACAGCCCUCAUGCUUGACACUGUAGACUUACAAUGGGCUAUCAUUUUGCAAAUUUUUCUACUUAUUUGGUAUUCACCUGUGGAGCACUUGACUGUGAAAAAUUUGACUUUUCGGGGGCCACUAGGGGUGAUGAAUGAAUAUGAUUUUCUACCCUUGUUUAGCUCUUUGGAACAAUUAAUCUCUUUGGACAACUCCAUGACAGCACUAACAUUGGAGCACGUUCGUAAUAAGGUUUAUUCUUUCAACCAGGAGAUUCUAUACAGACAGUUUUCAGAGAUGAAUAUUGCCAGUUUGACAAUAUAUGAUGCAUAUAUGCCUCACAUGCUUUGCCCCAAUAGAACAAGCUCAUUUCAGCAUCUAAAUUUUUCUCACAAUGCCCUGACAGAUGCAUUGUUCCAGAAUUGUGGCACACUGACAAAUCUGAAAUUACUUAUUUUGCAGAAGAAUAAAUUUGAGACCCUUUCCAAGGUAAGCUUCAUGACCAGCCAUAUGAGAUCACUGAAAUAUCUGGACAUGAGCAGCAACUUGCUGAGUCACGAUGGAGCUGAUGUGCAGUGCCAAUGGGCUGAGUCUCUGGCAGAGUUGGACCUGUCCUCAAAUCUGUUGUCAGAUUCCGUGUUUGAGUGCUUGCCAGUCAACAUCCAAAAACUCGACCUACGACAGAAUCAGAUCACCAGUGUCCCCAGGGGGAUGGCUGAGCUGAAGUCCUUGAAAGAGCUGAACCUGGCGUCCAACAGGCUGGCUGACCUGCCGGUGUGCAGUGGCUUUAGGUCCCUGGAGUUCCUGAACAUAGAGAUGAAUUUGAUCCUCACCCCACCCGCUGACUUCUUCCAGAGCUGCCCGCGGGUCAGGGAGCUACAAGCUGGGCGCAACCCGUUCAAGUGCUCCUGUGAACUGCAGGACUUCAUCCGCAUGGAGAGGCAGUCCGGGGGGAAGCUGUUUGGCUGGCCGGCAGCCUACGUGUGCGAGUACCCGGAGGACCUGCGGGGAAGGCAGCUGAAGGACUUCCACCUGAGCGAGCUGGCUUGCAACACAACGCUCCUGCUGGUGACAGCUCUGGGGCUGACGCUGGUGCUGGUGGCUGCCGUGGCCUUUCUGUGCAUCUCCCUGGACGUGCCGUGGUACGUGCGUAUGACGUGGCGGUGGACGCAGACGAAGCGGAGAGCUUGGCACAACCACCCCGCGGAGCAGGAGGCCGCGCUGCAGUUCCACGCCUUCAUUUCCUACAGCGAGCGCGACGCGUUGUGGGUGAAGAACGAGCUGAUGCCAAACCUGGAGAAAGGGGAGGGCUGUGUACAGCUGUGCCAGCACGAGAGGAACUUUGUCCCCGGCAGGAGCAUCGUGGAGAACAUCAUUAACUGCAUUGAGAAGAGCUACAAGUCGAUCUUUGUCUUGUCUCCCAACUUUGUGCAGAGCGAGUGGUGUCACUAUGAGCUGUACUUUGCCCAUCACAAAUUAUUUAGCGAGAAUUCCAACAGCUUGAUCCUCAUCUUGCUGGAGCCGAUCCCUCCGUAUGUUAUCCCUGCCAGGUAUCACAAGCUGAAGGCUCUCAUGGCAAAGCGAACCUACCUGGAGUGGCCCAAGGAGAGGAGCAAGCGGCCCCUUUUCUGGGCUAAUCUGAGGGCAGCUAUUAGCAUUAACUUGCCAAUAUCCUUUGAAGAAAAUGAUGAGCAGAGUGAUGUUACUUCUACUAGUAGUGUAGGUCAGUAUGUGAAUGACUUGAGUGUCUUGCAUUAA